UGAUGUUUUGUUAUUAAAUGCAGUUGAAUGACACUAGUUUUUCCCAUUGUUUAUUUAAUGCAGGUCAAAGUUCAUGUGCAGGAGCACACAUGUUCUAGCACAAAGAAGAAAAAGAAGCAGAAAAAUGCUUCAAAGGCAUGGGUAUGUGAGAAAGUCAUGGACUGGGUAAAAGAGGAUCCUAGUGUUCGGCCGAUGGAAUUACGCAGGAGGCUACAUGACAAGUACAAGAUCAAGGUCCAAUAUACAAAAGUAUUCCGUGGCAAAGGGCUAGCAAUGGCUAAGUUGUUUGGUAAUUGGGAUGAUUCUUUUGACAAGCUAUAUGCUUGGAAAGCUGAGGUUGAGAAGAGGUCUCCUAGAAGUAUAGUUGUGAUUGACCACAUGGAGUAUGACCAGAAAAAAUAUUUCAUACGAAUGUUUGUUGGGCUGAAGCCUUUGUGCGAUGGGUUCUUGGCUGGCUGCAGACCUUACUUGGCGAUAGAUAGCACUCAUUUGACAGGCAAGUAUAGAGGCCAAUUAGCUACUGCUUGUGCUAUUGACGGGCACAAUUGGUUGUACCCUGUAGUCUAUGGAGUUAUCGACUCGGAAACUACUGAAAGUUGGGUGUGGUUUAUGGAGAAGCUUCGUGAUGCUAUUGGCUCUCCCCCCGGUCUAGCUAUAUGUUUAGAUGCAGGAAAAGGGAUUGACACUGCAAUCGAACAGGUAUUUGGGUAUGCUGAACAUAGAGAAUGCAUGCGACACUUGGUUGUGAACUUCAAGAAAAAAUUCCAUGGUAAAGUUUUUGAUGAUCAUUUGUGGCCAGCUGCUUAUUCAUGGACUCCUCGAGGGUUUGACUAUCACAUGGCAGCCAUAGAGGAGAAAAAGGCUGCUGCAAUAGCAUACUUAAACAAGUACCACACCAGGCUAUGGUCAAGGAGCAAAUAUUCAACCUCCUCAAAAGUGGAUUAUGUUACAAAUAAUUUGGCCGAGUGUUUCAACAACUGGAUCCGCAAGCACAAAGGUUUAAUGUUGUUUCAGCUCAUGGACAAGAUAAGGAGAAAGAUUACGGUUAAGUUUGAGAAGAGGAGAAGGGUAGCUAGAAAAUUUCAAGGUCGGCGUAUACUUCCAAGUGUCAUGAAGGAGUUGAAUGACAUAAGCAGGGGGCUGGACAUUGAAUAUGAGAGAAUAGAUGACAUGGUUGCAGAAGUGAGUGAGAGUGUUGCGCUAGGUGGCAAGCGCCACGUCACUGAUCUAGCAAACAGGACAUGCACAUGCAGGGCAUUUCAAGUCUCCGGGAAGCCUUGCAAACAUGCAAUUAGCUUUAUUACUGGAAUUAGGGGGGUCACAAUAGAAGACUUCGUUGAUGAUUGUUACAGCGUUGCCAAGUUUGCUGCAGCUUAUGCUCCUAUUCUUCCUGGCCUAACCGACAUGUCUCAAUGGCCAAGUGUGAACAAAGAAUUCUUCUUGAACCCCCCAAUCCUUAGGAGGGCCCCUGGGAGGCCAAAGGUACAGAGGCACAAAAGUGGUGCUGAAAAUAGCAAGGGAAAGGGAAAGAAAGGCCAGCACCAAUGUCCAAUUUGCAAAGCUUAUGGACAUAGAUGGCAAAGCUGCAAAGAUGCUGCUCCUGAAGCACUAGAAGCCUAUGCAGAAGUAGCAAAGCAGAAAAGGGACAAAAGAAAGAAGAAACCCAUUACAAAAGCUAUUUGUACAACAACAGAUCAAGCAACUGAUGGUACACUACCUCUACUUCUGUGUCCAAGUGAAAAUGAAACCGCACUAGCUCUACUUUCAUGUCCAAGUGAUGCAAUUGAAGGCGAUGUUGCCAAGUCGACAUCAUCGAAGACUACCUCUAAAUCUAGAAGAUCAAAGGUGAUAUCCGCUGCGCCUGACAGCCCUGCAAUGGGAACUCGAAGCAAGAAGAGAGCUGCGCCUAACAACCAAGCAAUGGCCAGUCGAAGCAAAAAAAAGUUGAAACUGUGAAAUGCUCUAAAAUCUUGCGUAUUAUUUCUGUAUUGCAGCUCUUCAUGUGUAUGCUAUUUUAUUUAGAGACUUGCUUGUGUGAACAACAUAUUUUGGUUGUGGUAUUUUGGUUCUGGACGAUGCAAACUUGGUACUGAUUGUGUGAGAAUUAAUAUGGUGUUUCAUGAA